CACUGUCGGUGCUACUGCCCAAGAGGAGAGGCAAGAGAGCGGGCAGGACUCUGCGGAGGAUCAGGGGUCGGUGGAGGGACACGAGGGAGGGGGAGAGGUGGCGGGCGCCAGGCGUCGCAUGGCCGUGCAGAGGCUAGUGGCGGCAGCGGUGGCGGUAGCGCUGCUGUCCCUGGUCCUAAAUAAUGUUGCAGCCUUCACCCCCAGCUGGGUACUGCAGGCCCUGGAGGACGGACGCAAGCGGAGUGUAGGACUAUGGAGAAUGUGUCCCAGUGGUGGGGAAAGGGGCCGCGAUGAUGUCCAGGCUGGGAGAAGGGGGCAUGGGACACAGAGGCAGUGCGAAGGUCUGGGAUGGGGCUCUGACUAUGCAGGCUACCAAGAAUCCCGCAGCACUGUCAGAUUGCAGUUUGACAUGAUGCGGGCGUGUAACCUGAUGGCGACGGUGGCCCUGACUGCCGGUCAGCUGAUCUUCCUUCUAGGCCUGAUGGAGCUGCCCUUUAUCACACAGGAAUCACAGUGGUGGGAGGAGGCCAUUGCUGCACUCUUCCAGCUAGCUAGUUUCGUGCUGGUGAUUGGACUUGUGACCUUCUAUAGGAUCGGGCCCUACACACACUUGUCCUACUCCUGCUACUUGGACAUAGCUGCUUGCCUGCUGGCCACGAUGGCUGCGGCCAUGCUCAUCUGGAACAUUUUACAUCGCCGCGAUGACUGCCUUGCACCUCGAGUUAUAAUCAUCAGUCGCUCACUGACAUCACCUUUCCACCCACGCCUAGACAAUGACUACGUGGAGUCGCCUUGUUGAGCCAAGUAAAGCAAAAAAAGGACAGCAGACAACUCUGACAAGACUGUGCUCUCAGCGUUUCAUGUUUUACUCCAGCUAGGAGCCUCCAAUGUCACAUUCAAGAGAAGAGGGAAUUCAUGUGGCUCUACAACAGCUGGACUAACAUGUACCUGCAUUUGUAAAACUCUAUAUUUUACAACUUCUCCCACCAUAAACAAAGAUAUCAGAAUUUUUGAGUUUGCUGCUCAGUGCACAAAAGUCACAGAAUUAACUAAAAUGUAUGUAUAAAGCAGCCCUAAACUACCAAACAUAUUCAAAACCGUAUGAUAUUUCAUUUAUUCAUGCUUGGGUGAGCUGAUUUGUAGCUAAAUAUGGAAUUCGGACGAGGACUGUCUUAUAUGAAACAUCCUGCUUAUUCAAAGAUCAAGCUGGAACUUGACCUUUUGUUAUAUGUGCACUUAUUAAAUGGCCUCCUGCAUAAUUAUGAAUUGGAAAUUAUAAAGGAUGUUGAAAACGUAACACCAGAAUACCUCAUUUGUUUUCAUUCACUUUGAGCUUAUUACAAUUAUAAUACAUUAAUAUAAUAUAUUAAUAUUAAUGAUAUAUGUUGCAAGUAAGUAAACUAACAAGGUAAAAGCAGAAGAGUCACUCUGCCUUUUUGGUUGGGCUUACCCAAAUCAGUGACAAUAUUUUAUUUUAAAACAGCCAAUGAGGUGAUAUUUUGAUCAAAUAAACUCACCUACUGAAAAGAGGAAAUAUUUUCAAUAGUCAUAGCCACAUUAAUAUUUUUCCUCUUGAACAAGUGAAAAUAAAAAGACAAAUGACCUGCCAAUUAAUGUAUUUGAAUUUUUCUUUAAGCAGUAUUAGUUAAACUGAUGGUAACUAAUGUUUUGGCAAUGUACUGCAUUUUGAAAACACAAUACUUAUUUUUCACGAUGUUUUCUCUGCUCGCUUGUGGUACAUACUGUAUACUUAAAUUAAUAUAAUGUAGUUGUAUAAAGAACAGUGCUAUCACUAGUACUAGUAUUAUUGUAUUACUUCUGCAAAGAACUCCAGGCCAUCUGUGGGUCUUCCACAUCGCCAAACAUAGUGGCACAUUAAAAUAAUAACAGAUCAUAUCAAUUUAAUAAAUGUAUUGGUAAAUAUUCAAACACAGUGGUGGUUGUUGUUGUUUCCGUGUUUUGGUGUCCAACACCAGACCUGACAAAUGGACAACACAGAACUUCAUUAAUAAUUUUUUUUUGAAAAUGACAGAUAUAACUAAAAUUUGUAUUAGAUUAAUAUUUAGCAAACUUUCAUGAUUGUAUCUGUGAUUUUUUAAAGUCAAGGUUCCGGAGUUGUUGACGUUAUAUCACAGCAGUGAUAUAUUGUGCACAAUAUAUACAGUGCAAUAAAAAAGUAAUAAAUAUAGUGCAAGCAUGUGCUGACAAAA